AAUUUUGUUUAUGCAAAAAUCUUAUAAAUAUAUAUAUUUUUUAAUUGGAGUAGAAAGGAACAUUAAGGCUUCGUUGCCGGCGAGCUGAAGGCGGCGAAAGCGGAGAGUGCGGAGCUCUCUCAAGCUCUGCUCCUUUUCUUCUCUUUCAGCUUGUUCCAAGACAAUAUCCUAGAAAAAAUGGGUGCUGGAGGUCGAAUGUCCUCUCCUUCAUCCCUCAAGAAGGAAGAUUCUGACCACUUGAAGCGAGUUCCAUCCACAAAACCAUCAUUCACCCUUGGUGAGCUCAAAAAAGCCAUUCCCCCACAUUGCUUUCAGCGUUCUGUUCUCCGCUCAUUCUCUUAUGUCGUUUAUGAUCUUACCUUAGCUUCGAUCUUCUUUUACAUUGCAACCACUUACUUCCAAAACCUCUCUAGCCUCUUGUUUUAUCCCGCCUGGGCUUUAUACUGGGUUGCCCAAGGCUGCGUCCUGACUGGCGUAUGGGUCAUUGCCCACGAGUGUGGCCACCACGCUUUCAGUGAUUACCAGUGGCUCGAUGACACUGUUGGCCUUAUCCUACACUCUGCCCUCCUGGUCCCUUACUUCUCUUGGAAGUACAGCCACCGCAGACACCAUUCCAACACCGGUUCUCUUGAGCGAGAUGAAGUCUUUGUCCCUAAACAGAAAUCCGCUAUCAAAUGGUACUCCACAUACCUCAACAACCCGCUUGGCCGUGUCUUCACACUCACUAUCCAAGUCGUCCUAGGCUGGCCUCUCUACUUGGCCUUCAAUGUCUCCGGCCGACCCUACAACCGUUUGGCCUGCCACUACGACCCAUACAGCCCCAUCUACUCCAACCGGGAGCGGUUGCAGAUAUUCAUCUCUGAUGCUGGGCUGCUGGCCAUCACCUACGGACUCUACCGCCUUGUUCUGGCCAAAGGCCUCACCUGGGUGGUCUGUGUUUACGGAGUGCCAUUGCUGAUAGUAAACGGGUUCCUUGUCCUAAUCACAUUCCUCCAACACACUCACCCGGCAUUGCCGCAUUACGAUUCCUCAGAAUGGGACUGGCUGAGAGGCGCUUUGGCGACAGUAGACAGAGACUAUGGCCUCUUGAACAAGGUAUUCCACAACAUCACUGACACUCAUGUGACCCAUCAUUUGGUCUCCACAAUGCCACAUUACCACGCGAUGGAAGCAACCAAGGCAAUUAAGCCAAUUUUGGGUCAGUACUAUCACUUCGAUGGAACUCCAGUUGUUAAAGCAAUGUGGAGAGAGGCGAAAGAGUGCAUUUACGUGGAACCUGAUGAAGAUGAGAAGAAUAGAGGCGUUUUCUGGUAUAGGAACAAGUUGUAAUCUGUUUCCGGAAGACUUUUCAGCCCUUUUCUCUAUCCUGCUUCUGCUACUCCAGAAAGAACUCCUUGUGUGCAGUAACUUUUAAAAAGCCACCCCUUGCGUUAGGUCGGUCAAGUUUUCUUGUUUGGUUUGCUUUGUAAUGUGAGUUAAUAUAAUGAAAUAAGUUAUGGGAA